AUGAUUAGAAUAAAACUACCUAGUCACGAACACCCUUUAUACCCUGUGCCAUGGGUUCGCACUUGCCAUGGUUGCAAACGAGAUGGUGGCUACACCAAAGACGGUUAUCGGUGCUAUGAGUGUAACAUGUUUUUCCACAAAGAAUGUGCAGAGCUAUCUUUAGUGAUCAACCACCCCUCUCAUCCUCAUCACCCUCUCCACUUCUCCAUCGUGGAGAAACAAUCCCAGCCUAGAUACUGUAAGUUGUGUGGACAAACAUUGUAUCUUAUGUUUUACCAUUGUCUUUUAUGUGAAUUCGUUGUCGAUACGGCUUGUGCCAAAAAUCCACCGCCAGAUGCUAUUGAAUAUCCCAAAGCCCAUGAACACUCUCUUUUCCUCCUGAAAGGCUAUUACAAUGGCACAUGUUACAUUUGUGAAUAUAUAUGUUUUACUAGGCUUCUUUACCAAUGUUCUCAAUGCCAAUUGGAAUUCCACGAGGAAUGUGCUCACCUUCCUCAAGAGAUAACUCAUCCAUGUCACCCUAAGCACCCUGUUCAGUACCUUACAAGCGAAGAACAUCAUUUCUCUGAUGGGAAAUGUUGUCUAUGUGAAAAAAAGUUAGGGAGGAGAUUUUAUCAUUGUUCAAUAUGUAAAUUUAGUAUGGAUGCUGGUUGUGUAAGGGAUCCACCACCGCUUACAAUCUUAUUUGCCAAAGCUCAUGAACAUCAACUUAGUCUUAUGCCAAGGAUCAUCUCUUUUAAUUGUGACGCUUGUGGAAUGAAGGGCGAUAGAAGUCCUUAUUCUUGCCAAGAAUGCUAUUUCAUGGUCCAUCAAAGCUGCAUCGACUUGCCGGAAAUCAUCAACGUGAAUCGUCACGAGCAUCGUCUCUCUAGGCGUUCUCAUCUUAGUCCUGGGAGUUGGGAAUGCGGAGUUUGCUACAAAAAUAUUGAUUGGUCAUAUGGGGCUUAUUCUUGCUCGAUUUGUCCUAAUUAUGCCAUUCAUUCCAGAUGUGCGGUAAGAGAUGAUGUUUGGGACUUUUUAGAACUCAAGGAGAUACCCGAAGAAACACAAGAGAUCCAACCGUAUAAGUCCAUGCAUGGAAACCUCAUUUGUCAUUUUAGUCACGAGGAACAUUAUCUCGGUCUCAAUGAAGGAAAUAUCAUUUCUUGUGGUGGAAGCAUUCGUUGUGCAGCGUGUGUCUUCCCUAUUUGUUCUCACGAGGCAUUCUACAAGUGUGUGCAAUGCGAUUUCAUUCUCCAUGAAACUUGCGCUAAUCUUCCUAGGAAGAAACGUCAUGUGUUUCAUAGCCAACAGUUCACUCUAAUACCUGGUGGCAUGAGGCAUUUCUUUUGCUCGGCGUGUUCUAACUACUCCACUGGUUUCAGAGCGAAGAGACAUGUGUUGGUUGCGGCAGCUGGAAUUAUUCAUCAUUUGCUUGCGUUGACUGUGACUUUGCGCUAG